AUGGACUUCCUCCAGGACUCAUCUCCUGGAGGCUCUCUCUUCUCUCCAUCCACCACCACCAUCACCAACACCAUCACUCCACGGCAUCUCAACGAUUUCCUUGAUUUCGCCGACGUAUCAGAUUCAGACGACAUGGCUACUACAGGUUCUGCCGUUCCUACCAAUGACAAGGACAAACUUGAUCCAGAAGUUCUCAAGGAUCUCGAGCGCCAUCAAGGCUUCAUGCGUCAGGCUAUUGAAGUUGCAGAAGAAGCACUUGCUGGAGGAGAAACGCCAGUGGCAUGUGUUCUUGUCCUUGAUGGUGAAGUUGUGGCUCGAGGAAUGAACGACACCAACCGAUCUCUCAACGGCACUCGCCACGCUGAGUUUCUGGCCAUUGCUCAGUUUCUCUCCAAAUUCCCCAUCACUCGACUCAAGGAAACGGAUCUCUAUGUCACUGUCGAGCCCUGCAUCAUGUGUGCUUCUGCAUUGAGACAAUAUGGAAUUCGCUGCGUUUACUAUGGAUGUGGAAACGACCGUUUUGGUGGCAAUGGGAGUGUGUUGGCUGUUCAUUCCGACAAAGGUCUCGAGGAAGGUUAUCCAAGCUACGGAGGAAUAUUCAGGAAGGACGCCAUCAUGUUACUUCGUCGAUUCUACAUUCAGGAAAACGAGAAUGCUCCCAAUCCAAGAGCGAAGGGCAAUCGAGAAUUGAAGCCGGUUGUUUGA